CAGCACUGCUCACCAUGAUGGUCGAGAUCCACGCCCCUCAUUGAUUGACUGCUUGAGCCCCCUAAUCUCAUUCGACCACUACUCACUACUCUAUCUUUAUAAGAUUGGCGCUGCCGCCAGCAGGGAACACCAUGGAAUGCGCCGAAGAAGGAUCCUCCUCCUCGCAGCAGCUGGAAACUCAAAUCCCAAUAUCAGGGUCCGAACCUGCACCACCACAACCACUGUGAAUACCUCACUUCCUUACCCCCUCUUUCUCUCUCUCACUCUUUUUCUUCUCUCCUCUAUCAAUCAAUCAAUCAAUCAAUCAAUCAAUCAAUCACCAAACACAAUGCCCUUCAUGACCCAAACUCACGCUUCAUCAAGCCUCCUCCUCAUCACCGGCGUCACAGGCCACAUCGGCUUCCGCGUCCUCGUCCUCGCCCUCACCGCUGGCCACACAAUCCGCGCCUGUGUCCGCUCCCCCGAAAAAGCGAAACUCAUCACCUCGCACCCCCUCAUCCGCUCCCUCGCCCCAGGUCCCCGCCUAACAUUCAUCGUCGUCCCGGACCUCUGCAAGAAACACGCCUACGACGACGCCUGCCGCGGCGUCGCCGCCGUGAUCCACAUCGCCAGCCCGCUGAUGAGCAAUGGCGUGCCGGCGGGUGUCGACCAGGAGGCGUUCUUCGUGAAGCCUGCGGUGCGGGGGACGCUGAAUAUGCUGGAGGCGGCGAGGAAGAGCGGGACUGUGAGACGGGUUGUGAUUACGAGUUCGAUCACGGCGUUGAUCCCGUUCGAGGAGCUGAGCGGCGCGAAGAGGUGUAAGAGGUGGAUUGGGCCGAGCGAUCGGAUACCAGUGACCAAAGGGCCGUGGAACAAUGAGUUCGAGGCGUACGCUACGUCUAAGGUAGCCGCGUUGGCGGAGGCGGAGAGCUGGAUGAGGAGGCAUGAUGAGGUGGGGUUUGAUGUCGUGCAUCUACAUCCUUCUUUUGUGGAGGGACGGAACGAACUCGCUGCCUCGCCGAGGGAGACGCUGAAGGGUACCAAUGCGAUUGUGCUCGGGAUCGCGCUGGGGCAGAAAUUCGAGUACUCGACUAUGGGCGCGACGGUGCAUCUGGAGGACGUGGCGCGGGUGCAUCUCCAGGCGCUGGAUACGGCCGUGGUGCCGGGGAAUGCGAGUUAUAUCCUCAGCCAGGAUACGAUCUGGGAUGACGUGACGGAUAUCACCGCGAGGCGGUUCCCGGAUGAGGUCGAGAAGCGGGCGUUGCCUAAUAGUGGGAGUGCGGUGACGCAUACUGUGUUUGUGGAUACCAGUUUGACGGAGGAGGUGUUUGGGUUCGAGCACAUUGGCUUCGAGGAACAGGUUGAGAGCGUGGUGGGACAUUAUCUGGAGUUGAGAGCUAAGUCUGGGAAGAAGAUCUCGUUGCGGAGAGCGUAGGAGAGAGUGAAUUGGUACAAUUAGCGAUGGAGUUCAGGGACUACAGUUGAAAAAAGGCAAGGCAAAUUUAUGUGUUGUCCAGGCGUACUUGGGGUACUCCGAACUAUAGCUAGGAUCAUGAUACCCGUGGCUUUUGAUCAGCCAUCAAUGAAUACGAGCUUUAUUUACAGGCUAUA